CAGAAUAUUCCCUUAGUCAGCGUUGGGUCUCCCAAGUGGUUGCACAACUUAGAGGAUCUGACAGAGGGUACAGAACUUCUACGCUCUCCAAUCUAACUUUUAGAGAUCACGGACCUUUCUGCAGAACCAGGUUGGACUAUAUCUGGCAGUAGUGUCUAGGAAAUCGAGAUCAAUCAGCAUUAGACAACAGCAUAGUGAUUAUUUCAGAUGGCGAGUGUUUUAAAACAUCAACGCAAUUUACAUGUCACAACAAUUUGGGGGCAGCCUACCGCUUUAGUACAUCCGUGACCUAAGCCAAUUCCUCGAAUUACGGAACAAGGAGAAGAAGAAGACAUAGGUCACGUUUUCGACGGAGGAGAAAAUAACGUCGAUCAAGCGGCUACAUACCCUGAGGAGUGUUUCAUCACAUUGAACGGAUUCUUUCUACUAAGAGACGAAAAAUUUGGAAGCUUUGAACGUCUGUUUAUUACACUUGACAACACUUCAGGUAUUGAACAUCUUCAAUCAUUUUAUGAUACUCUUGAUUGUCUGAAUAGCUGUGUUGCUGUGAAUAUAGAGUUGAUAAAAAGAUUUCACAAUAGACAUGGCACAGAAGCGGGUGAAUCUCACACAGUCUUCAGGGGCUAAGAAAAUACGUGGUGAAAAUAAUCUACCGUCUUGUGAUUUCGGUUUUUCGGAAACUUUUUCUAGUAGUUUGUCACAUCACAACUCAUGCACAACUCUGAACCCCUAUUUAACAGACGCUAUCGACCGGUUAAACGAGAGUUUAGGACCAUCACAGCAGCUUGUUAGACAGACCCCUAUUACAGAUUAUAGUGACAUCAUUACACCUGAGACACAACAACGUGACAUAAUCAGUGAACUUAACCAGACUCUGUUAGCAUUACAGAAUAGUCUAAAUGAACAAGGUUACUCUACCCCCUUGAAUCUUGAGUUAUUAGAUGCGGUUAAUCAAUUAAAUGAUAGUUUGGCUUUAGCCACAGAUCAAAACAUCAACGAGGUCUCUACUUCAGAAAUCGAGCAUAAUCAUACACCGUUAUCUCCACAUGAUCUGUUUCAUGAUCUUAACCAAAGCCUCAUUAUGUUAAAUGCGGGUUUUGUAAACUUUUUCGAUACCGUUGCUUCUCCAAACAUUCAAACUGUAAAUGAACACAGGACUGAAACAGUAAAUGAUCAGUCUCCUAAUGUAGAAGACGUGCAAACAGCUAAUACUGAGAACAUAAACCCCCAAAGCUGUAAUGACGUGCAAAUAUUUGGCGGUGUUAACAUACAACCCCCUAGUGUUGAAAGCAUGCAAUUAGGUAAUGACGAGAACAUAGCCCCUCCUAACGUAGAAAACAUGCGAACAGAUAACGUCGAGAACAUAGCCCCUCCUAACGUAGAAAACGUGCAAGCUGGUAACGGAAUUGAUCCUAAUAUUAGAAUAAUUAAUCGCGACCGAUUCAAAAAUACUGAAAUUAGGAGAAGAGUAAAUUUUUCAUCGAUCACAGCUGUAGACAGCUUUGCGGAUUUUUAUAAUUAUGUUUUAGAAAUCUUAAACAGUUUGAUAGAAGUGGCUAAUGAAAUGAUCUCACCAAAGGACAUAGUAACGGUUGAAAUUAGAGGUGAUACGAUCGACGUAUCUUCACGUAUUCAUCUAGUUAAUGGGUCCGUUGAUUUACAGUCUUUUCUGACCAUGCUUGAAAAUUCUAUUCAAAGUAAACGUGAAAUUUUUUCAGAUAACACACUCGAAAUAGUAAUCCAAAAAGUUCGACCACCUCGUGGUGGUUCAUAUAGAAGGAAGAUUAGUAUAUUAUUCACUUCGGAAGCUAUACAGAAGAAGAUGAGACAUCUGUAUAUAUUUCAUAAUAAAGACAACAUGUGUUUUACACUAUGUGUUACACAACUUUUGAACCCUCAAAAUAAUGGCCUUCAAACUGAAAAAAUCGCUAGACAAAUCCUCCGUGAUGUAGGAUUACCUGAAAACACAGCUGUCACAUUUGCUGAUGUAUCUAAAUUUGAGAAGCAUCUGAAGUGUAAAAUCGUAAUCAUACACCGUUCUGACAACAAAGCCGGCUACUCUUUCUUUCAAACCAGCAGAACCCCCCAUAAAAAAACAAUUUACUUGUUCUUGCAUGACAAUCAUUAUUACGGAGUUAAAAGCAUUACAGGACUUUUGGGGCAUAGUUAUGUCUGUUGUUUCUGUCAUUCAGGGUAUGAGAAUGCCAGAGCUCACGAGUGUGAGUUUAGCUGUAACAUUUGUCGUGAUGUAGAAUGCUACAAACAUAGACAGAGUAUAAUUAAAUGUCCUGAAUGUUCGAGGUUGUGUAAGUCAAAACUUUGUUUCGACAUACAUAAAGUAAAACGCCGGUCAGAAAGAGGUGUAUACUCUGUGUGAAACAGGGUUCUAUGUCGUGUAUGUCUGUGUCGUAGAGUAUUGGAACCCCUUUAACCGGAGAGAUCAUGUGUGCUUAGAGAGCCAUUGUGAACUCUGUGGUGAAAAAGUGGAUUCAGAAAUAGCGCAUUUCUAUUAUAUACAGCCGUUAAGGAAAGAAAAGCCAAAUAUGAAACACAUCUUUUAUGAUUUCAAGACUACACAGGAAACAGGAACUCAUACUGCUAAUUUAAUAUGUUGCAUGAAUUGUCGUGGUAUGUCGUGGUAUGUUUGAAGGGGAGGGGUGUGUUGCAGCAUUUUUUAAGGCUUUCCGUCGUAAAAAGUACAGAGGGUACACAUUUAUAGCGCAUAAUGCUAGAGGGUUCGAUUCAUACCUUUUGUUGAAUCAUUUCGUGAAAGAAGGAAUCGCCCCUGAUAUCAUUGCACAAGGUGGAAAAAUUCUGUGUUUUUCUGAUACAGAUUUUCGACAAAGAUACAUCGAUAGUCUGUCUUUCUUACCCAUGAAGCUAAGUAAUCUUCCUAAAGCCAUGGGGUUCUCAGAAAAAAAGAAAGGUUAUUUUCCUCAUUUCUGGAACACAAAAGAACACCAAGACUACAUAGGACCAUAUCCUGAGCCCGAGUUUUACGGUGUGGAUAGCAUGAUGCCUAAGGACAGGGAGGAUUUUUUUAUGUGGUACGCGACCAUGACUGACAAAGUCUUUAAUUUAAAGAAAGAGAUGCGUGAAUACUGCAUGAACGAUGUAGACAUUCUGAGACAGGGGUGUUUAGCUUUCAGAAAUGAAAUUCUAGAAAGUACAGAAGUUGACCCCUUUAAAUGUAUAACAAUCGCAUCUGUAUGCUUGAAAAUCUUCCGGACAUCAUUUCUCGAUGAAGACACACUAGCUAUCCCACCAUUAGAUAAUUACAUCAAUAACCAGAAAUCUUUCUCAACACCAUCCAUUCAGUGGCUUGAAUACAUUUCCAUCACACAAAACCUUCCCAUUCAACACGCUCUGAACGAAGGUGAAGCAACAUUUGGCCUUGUGAAGUGGGUCAGACGUGAAAGGCAUUUGAGUUUCUCGGCUGUUUUUAUCAUGAGUGUGAAAAGUGUUAUCCCUCAACAGCCCCUUCCCCUUUAACGCCAACUUUAGCUACGGGGAUGUCCGUCAAACGUUGGAGAAAAUUAAAUAUUUGCAAGAGGUACGCAAUUUACAUGUCACAACAAUUUGGGAGCAUGAGUGGAGUGAUAUGAAGAAAUGUGAUAACAACGUGGUAAACUUUCUAAAAGAGUUUGACUUUACAGAGCGCAUAAACCCCCGAGACGCCCUUUACGGUGGUAGAACCAACGCAUUGCAUUUACAUUACACAGUAAAAGCAGGGGAGAGAAUAGAUUAUUAUGAUUUCACUUCUCUUUAUCCCUACGUGAAUAAGACAAAAACCUACCCAAUCGGUCACCCAGUCAUCAUUUACUGUGACUUUGAACCUCUAGAGAAUUAUUUCGGGAUAAUCAGCUAAAGUAUUACUGCCUAGAGGUCUGUGGUCUCCUGUUCUUCCUUACAGGUUAAGAAGCAAACUUCUUUUCCCUCUGUGUAAAACAUGCUGUGAGCAACAACUGCAAAAGCAGUGUCGCCAUUCAGACCAAGACCAAGCUCUUAUCGGAACUUGGGCAUCUGUCGAAAUAGCUAAGGCCAUUGAAAAGGGAUACAAAAUUUUAAAAGUGUUUGAGGUUUGGCACUUCCCCAAUACAUCAAACAGUCUCUUUUCCAAGUAUAUUAAGAUGUUUCUCAAAACCAAACAGGAAAGUUCAGGCUAUCCAUCAUGGGUAGUCGAUGAAAACACAAAAGACACAUACAUUAAAAAUUACCAGCAUAACAAGGGUAUCGAUUUGAAUCCUGAACAUAUCAGUGUCAACCCCGCAAAAACAUCUUUGGCUAAACUCGCGUUAAAUUCGCUGUGGGGUAAAAUGUGUCAAAAACCUGACAGAUUAAACACUUCUAUGAUCAAAAACCCCGAUGAGUUUUUAAACUUUAUGUUCUCUGAUCUCUUCAAUGUUAGCCAUUUCUCUUUUCUGUCAGAUGAGGUCGCUCUCACACAGUGGCACUGUAAGGAUGACAGACUGAUUAAACCAGGUAAUGCUAACGUAUUCAUCGGAAUUUUUACUACAGCUUAUGCGAGACUAGAACUGUAUGAUCUGUUGGAUCGUUUAAAACAGCGUUGUUUAUACACAGACACAGACAGCGUCAUUUUUAAAAGCAGCGAAGGUGAUUGGAUGCCUCCAUUGAGUGAUUAUUUGGGGGGUCUUACCAGCGAGCUAGAGGAUGGUGAUCAUAUUGUCGAGUUUGUCAGUGCUGGUCCUAAAACCUACGGGUAUAAAACUAAAAACGGAAAAGGUAUGAAAGCAAAAGGUAUCACUUUAAAUUACUCCAAUUCAAAAGUUGUCAAUUUGAAAUCGCUUACUGAGCUGGUGGAUGAUCGAGUGAAGAAUCUGGUUAAAAUCGGUCAACUUAUAACAUCGCACAAACAAAUCAUUCGAGAUAAAAAGGGUUUUCAUUUGAGAAAUCAAACACAAAUAAAAAGAUUCAGAGUUGUGUAUGACAAACGUGUUUUAUUACCUGAUUUUACAACUCUCCCUUACGGUUAUUAAGAUUAUUCGUGCUUAUGAUUGUAUAUAUGUAUAAUAAAAAGAUCAUUUGUUUUAUUACCUGAAUUUACAACUCUCAAUUAUGGAUAUUAUGAUUGAUCAUGUUUAUGAGUGUGUAUAUGUUUCUAUGUAUGUAUAAUAAAAAGAUCAUUUUGAUUGAUUCUAUCAACCUGACCACUAGUCAUGGAUAACAUGAAUGUGACUACUUUUGAUGGGAGGUUGCAAAUGCCAUUUUCAUGUAUUGUGUGUGGACCAAGUAAUAGCAGUAAAUCUUUUUUUAUCAAACUUUUGCUGGAAAACAGUAAAGAAGUGUUGUCAAAAGUACCUGAAAAUAUCGUGUGGAUUUAUUCUUGUUGGCAACCUUUGUACGAUGAGUUGAUGACCAAAAUAAACAUAAAAUUUCUUCAAGGAAUACCCGAUUCAUUGUGUGAUGAUGAACUUUUACCUACUAACAAGACAAACUUGUUGGUGAUAGAUGAUUUA